AUGGACUAUUCCUAUGAUGAGGACCUGGACGAGCUCUGUCCGGUCUGCGGGGACAAGGUCUCCGGGUACCACUACGGGCUGCUCACCUGCGAGAGCUGCAAGGGCUUCUUCAAGCGCACGGUGCAGAACAACAAGCACUACACCUGCACCGAGAGCCAGAGCUGCAAGAUCGACAAGACCCAGCGCAAGCGCUGCCCCUACUGCCGCUUCCAGAAGUGCCUCACCGUGGGGAUGCGCCUGGAAGCUGUCCGUGCAGAUCGGAUGCGUGGAGGGAGGAACAAGUUUGGMCCCAUGUACAAGCGGGACCGUGCCUUAAAGCAGCAGAAGAAAGCUCUGAUCCGUGCCAACGGCUUCAAGCUGGAGACGGUGCCUCAGAUCAUGUCCCCGGUGCAGAGCGACUACAGCCUGUCCUCCACCAUCCACAGCAUCCACGCCAUGUCCAAGACCCUGCCGCCCAACCCGGCGGCGCUGACGCCCGUGGAUUACGAGCGCAGCCCCUACGGGACGCCGGCCCUGGGCAUGACGGUGCCCGGCCACGCGCCGCUGCCCGGCUACCACUACCCCUCCUUCCCCAACCGCACCAUCAAAUCCGAGUACCCCGACCACUAYACAAACGGCCACGAGUCCGUGCCCAGUUACAUGUACCCAGAGACCUACCCCGGCAGCUCCCCCCCUGACAUCCCCGAGGUCAUCCUGAAGCUGCUGCAGCUGGAGCCCGACGAGGCGCAGGUGAAGGCGCGGAUUCUGUCCUGCCUGCAGCAGGAGCAGGGCAAAGGGCGGCACGAGAAGCUCAGCACCUUUGGCCUCAUGUGCAAGAUGGCUGACCAGACCCUCUUCUCCAUCGUGGAGUGGGCACGGAGCUGCAUCUUCUUCAAGGAGCUGGAGGUGGGUGACCAGAUGAAGCUGCUGCAGAACUGCUGGAGUGAGCUGCUGGUGUUCGACCACGUCUACCGGCAGCUGCAGCAUGGCAAGGAGCACAGCGUGCUGCUGGUCACCGGCCAGGAGGUGGACAUGUCAGCCAUCGCAGCCCAGGCCGGCUCCAUCCUGCACACGCUGGUGCUGCGGGCACAGGAGCUSGUCCUGCACUUGCACUCGCUGCAGGUGGAUCGGCACGAAUUCGUCUGCCUCAAGUUCCUCAUCCUCUUCAGCCUCGAUGUGAAGUACCUGGAGAACCACCCGCUGGCUAAGGACGCUCAGGAGAAGGCCAACGCGGCGCUGCUGGAGUACACGGCCGUGCAUUACCCGCACUCCACGGACAAAUUCCGGCAGCUGCUGCUGUGGCUGGCCGAGGUGCGGGCACUGAGCCUGCAGGCGGAGGAGUACCUGUACCACAAACACCUGAGCGGGGAGGUGCCCUGCAACAACCUCCUCAUCGAGAUGCUGCACGCCAAGCGGACUUGA